UGCGCGUUAAAUUUACAUGCUUAACAUAACAAAUAGAAAUUAAGCACAAAAGAGCCUUAUUUCUCGAUUAUUAAAAUGUAGGCCACUUUCUGUCUAUUAGAAUCAUCCAAAAGAAAUCAUGAAUAAAUAUCUCGGAAAAUCCUAUUAAUUAAUAACAAAAACUUCAUAAAAGAGACGACGACGUAGGUUUAUUUUUGUCCUAUUUAACUAUAAAUUAUUCCCAACAAAAAUAAAAGAUUCGGGAAAAUAAUUUACUUGUAUUCCGGCUCUAAGAUUUGCAACCCAAUUUGUUUUAUAUAUUUAUACUAAUACUAAAAUAAUAUUAAAAAAAGAAAAAGAAAAAAAGAAACAACUGCCAACAACACAUAAAACAGACAUCGCCACUGCCAGUCAUAGUUGAACAACUUAGUCAAAGUCCAGCUUCUAUUAGUGCAUAAUUACUACAAUGGCGGCAAGUUAUGCGCCACGUGUCUUAAUUAACCAUAAUUAGACGGUAGGUUAGGAAGUUAACAAAUAAGUGAAAAGAAGACGAUGUUGUAUCGUUGUUAUAAAAAAGAAAAAUCAUAAUAAUAAUAAUAAUAACCAACGGUCAAGUGAACGGGCAUCAAGGAGACAGACACGUGCACCUCAUGUGACUCACGACAGUGCAGGAAAUAAAAGCCCAUACACAUGCACACUCGUCCGUACACCAACUCCCUCCCCCCAACGGUCAUAUUUCACCGACAUACUUCAACGGUCACUCAGACUUUCAUUCUCAUCCGUCUGAUCAAAAUCACACGGCCCACAUCCUUGCUUUCCCAACUCUUCUCGAACGCCCUUUUUCACAGUCAUCAUUUUUUUUUCUUUCCAAGUGUUGGGUAAAACCAAACAGGUCCACACAGAAUUUAGAAAAAGCAAUGAUCGAGACAGCAAUGGAAGUUAUACUAGGUGUAGUAGUAGUAGUAGUAUAGUAAUAGUAGUAGUAGAAGAGAGGGUUUAGUGAGAGGGAGAGUGAGAGAGAGAGGGGGAGAGAGUGAGCGAAGCAACGAAAACAAUAACCUUAAUUUGGUUUAUAAAAACACAAUCUUUUGGUGGUUUAUGGUUUUUUCGGGUAGUCAAAGAAUGAGGGUUGUUGUGUUUCUUGUUUAAUCAAGAUCACUUUUUUAUGCAUUUUUUGGCUUUCAGGUUUUGGUUUUGAUAUCAUGGAGUUGGUGCAAACUUCAAAAGCUGAUGUGGGUUACAAGAGUUUUGUUGAUUUCAGCUACCAAAUUAGGCAAUUCAAAAAUUCGUUAUAGAAAACAAAGAGAGAUAGGAGAAAAAAAAAUAGAAGAAGAAAAUAGGGUGGGUGAAUCAUACACAAAAUCAACAAAAGAGAAAUUGGAGUUUGUAGAGGAUGUUGGCUGGGUGUUCUAGUUCUUCAUUGCUGUCACCAAGGCAUAGAUUAAGGAGUGAGUCACCAGCACAGUUUCAAGCUUGCCAUUUCCAGUUACCUUCAAUGAGCACACAGAGAUUGGACUUACCAUGUACUUUUUCUCGUAAAGAAUCCUCACGAUCACAGCCUAUUAGGCCUGUUGGUGUUGGUCUUUCUGUCGAUAAAUCACUCGAGUCAAAGACCACUACUUGUUCUCUCAAGCAGAAUAUCAGGCUCCCACCAUUGGCAACGAGUACUCAAUCAGUGAAAGAUGAGUUUUGGGAGAAAGGUAAAAGCUUGAAGAGGUUUGCGGAGCAGGGCUCAGUUGAUGAGCCUUGCACUAACAGGGCUAAGAGAAAAAGGGGUAGCAGUGAUAGUUGUGAAGGUGGUGAUAGUUUGAGUUUAGGCCAGUUUGGGAGUGGUAAUUUUUGGUUUCAAUCAGGUUUUGAGGUACCUAGAGGCUUAAACCCUCCACAGGCUCCUUUCUCUCUGACAUGUUCAGGAGAUGAGGAGAGGGUUCGCUUUGUACCCAGUGAUGUGAUUUCUCCACCUCUUCCAUUGUCAAACAAUCCAUGGAUGGAGUCUGUUAUAACUGAGAUUACUGACCUAGGUGAAAAGGAUGGAGAGAGUAGCCAAAGGCCAGUGAUAAAAGAUGCCUCAGGUUCAAGUACAUCAUCAGAAAGUCACAGUUUGGGCCUUAGACCAAGUGAGAAUGUUGUGGAGUAUGAAGUAGGGAACGGCUCUAGGAAUCCUCAUCCACAGGAAGGCACAACAGAAGAAGCUGCAGGGGCGAAUCACCAAGAGGAAUAUCAGGCAUAUGAGCUGGUUAGCUUGCUUACAGCAUGUGUUGAAGCCAUUGGGUCCAAGAAUAUGGCGGUGAUCAACCACUGUAUAGCUAAAUUGGGGGAACUUUCUUCUCCAAAGGGAACAGCUGUUAGCCGCCUUAUUGCUUAUUACACCGAGGCUUUAGCUCUUAGAGUUACAAGGCUUUGGCCUCAUAUAUUUCACAUCUCCACUCCAAGGGAUUUUGAUCGAGUUGAUGAUGAUUCUGGGACUGCAUGGAGGCUUUUGAAUCAGGUGAACCCAAUUCCAAAGUUCAUUCAUUUUACAGAAAAUGAGAUUUUUUUGAGAGCUUUUGAGGGGAAAGAUAAGGUUCACAUCAUUGACUUCGACAUCAAGCAAGGACUUCAGUGGCCUAGUUUGUUUCAGAGUUUGGCCUCUAGGACUAAUCCUCCUAGCCAUGUUAGAAUCACGGGUAUAGGUGAGUCCAAGCAAGAAUUGAAUGAGACUGGAGAUAGGCUUGCUGGAUUUGCUGAGGCCUUGAACCUGCCUUUCGAGUUUCAUCCAGUUGUGGACCGAUUAGAAGAUGUGAGACUGUGGAUGCUUCAUGUAAAGGAGGGGGAGAGUGUGGCUGUAAAUUGUGUUUUCCAAAUGCAUAAGACACUUUAUGAUGGAAAUGGAGGCGCAUUAAGGGAUUUCUUGGGACUUAUUCGAAGCACAAGUCCCACAAUAGUUCUUAUGGCAGAGCAAGAAGCCGAACAUAAUGCCACAAAUUUGGAAGCAAGAGUGUGCAAUUCUCUGAAGUACUACUCUGCAAUAUUCGACUCAAUCAAUACUAGCCUUCCAUUAGACAGCCUGGUUAGAAUCAAAAUAGAGGAGAUGUUUGCAAGGGAGAUUAGAAACAUAGUUGCUUGUGAAGGAAGUGACAGGCUGGAAAGGCAUGAGAGUUUUGAGAAGUGGAGGAAGUUGAUGGAGCAAGGAGGAUUCAGGUGCAUGGGAAUUAGUGAGAGGGAAGUGCUCCAAAGCCAAAUGUUGCUGAAGAUGUACUCUUGUGAGGAUUAUAGGGUUAAAGAAAGGCAGGACAGAGCAGCACUUACUCUAAGUUGGUUAGAUCAGCCUCUUUAUACAAUCUCUGCGUGGGCACCUGUAGAUGUCGUGGGAAGCUCAUCCUCUUUUUCUCAGCCAAGUUGAUCGCUGAAGGUUUCCUUUUCUUCAGAUAUACACCAUCACAUUUCCGUUCCAUUCUUGCAUAGGGAAAGGGUCACUAAAUUCUUUGUAGGUAGAGAAAAGCUGUUAUUAUUCUUUAAUUCUUUUGUUGCAGAUAAGAUAGAAAGAGAACCAUUUGUAUGAAUUAUAGUAGUUUCAUACUCAUUUCAGUUCUUUUCAGGUCAGGUUAUUAUAGGUUUCAGUUUAUAGAAUUUGGAGUCAGUUUUAUGUUUAUUAAUUCUUUGAUUCUUUUAUGUAUUCAUGAAAUUCUUUGUAGUUCUUUCUGUCAUUACAUUGUUCAUUUUAUUUGUUGAAAAAGUUAGUAAGAGUUUUAUGAACCUUGUACUUUGAGAAUUUGUAUCCUCAUGUACGAAAUGAUUCAUUUGUUUUGUGUUCAUUAAGGAUUCCCUUCA